UCACCGAGCGCACGACACGCACUAGCUGGCGACAUUGAACUGCUAUAGGAUCAGACGCAAGUCUGGAGUCAGUCCGCUAGCGCAAAUCCUUUUCCUUAUUUUGUAUUUAUUGGUCCUUAUUUUAACCUGGACAGAACGAUGAAUUUAGAACUGGAGAUCUAAUCACUGAACUAAACAUUUGGAUGAUUCGAGUCCAUUGACAUUUCUAUAGGGAUAGAAAUAGUGUUCAGGUCCUCCCCAAAUAUAGCUAUUCCUUACUGAGGAACCCAAGACGCGCAUUCUCACAAGCACAAGUGGCUUGCUUGAACCAGCAUCGUGGCUACUCUUCCAGCAGUGGCAUGUUCGAGGGAUAAAGCGGACACAAUUGAACUCCCACCUAAGGAGGAUUCAAUGAAAAUGUCUGUCUGCGUCCACGAGAACCGCAAGUCGCGUGCCAGCACCGGCUCCAUGAACAUCUACCUGUUCCACAAGUCAUCGUAUGCCGACAGCGUCCUCAUGCACCUGAACACACUGCGGCAGCAGCGUCUCUUCACCGACGUCCUCCUCCAUGCCGGMAGUCGCUCCUUCCCCUGCCACCGUGCUGUGCUGGCUGCCUGCAGCCGCUACUUUGAGGCCAUGUUCUCUGGCGGGCUGAAGGAGAGCCAGGCCAGCGAGGUGGACUUCAGGGACUCCAUCCACCCGGAGGUCCUGGAGCUCUUAUUAGACUAUGCUUACACGUCCCGGGUUGUCAUCAARGAGGAGAAUGCAGAGUCCCUCCUUGAGGCCGGGGACAUGCUGGAGUUCCAGGACAURCGGGACGCCUGCGCCGAGUUCCUGGAGAGGAACCUGCACCCGUCCAACUGCCUGGGCAUGCUGCUGCUGUCCGACGCUCACCAGUGUACGAAGCUGUCUGAGCUCUCCUGGGGCAUGUGCCUCAGCAACUUCCCCACCAUCUGCAAGACAGAGGAUUUCCUCCAGCUUCCCAAAGACAUGGUGGUGCAGCUCCUGUCCCACGAGGAGCUGGAGACAGAGGAUGAGAGGCUGGUCUACGAGGCUGCCCUCAACUGGGUCAACUACGACUUGGAGAGGAGGCACUGCAACCUGCCUGAGCUGCUGCAGACCGUCCGCCUGGCUCUACUCCCUGCCAUCUUCCUCAUGGAGAAUGUGUCCACAGAGGAGCUGAUCAAUGACCAGUUGAAGAGCAAAGAGCUGGUGGACGAGGCUAUCCACUGCAAGCUGAAGAUCCUUCAGAACGAUGGUGUGGUGAAAAGCCCCUGCGCCCGGCCCAGGAAGACCAGCCACGCCCUGUUCCUGCUGGGAGGACAGACCUUUAUGUGUGACAAGCUGUACCUGGUGGACCAGAAGGCCAAGGAGAUCAUCCCCAAGGCAGACAUCCCCAGCCCCAGGAAGGAGUUCAGCGCCUGCGCCAUCGGCUGUAAUGUCUAUGUGACUGGCGGGAGGGGCUCAGAGAACGGCGUGUCCAAAGACGUGUGGGUCUACGACACCUUGCACGAGGAGUGGUCCAAGGCGGCGCCCAUGCUCAUCGCUCGCUUCGGCCACGGCUCGGCCGAGCUGAAACACUGCCUCUACGUAGUUGGAGGACACACGGCCGGCACCGGCUGCCUCCCCGCCUCGCCCUCAGUGUCCCUGAAACAGGUGGAGCAGUUCGACCCGGUGGCCAAUAAAUGGACCAUGGUGGCGCCGCUGAGGGAGGGCGUGAGCAACGCAGCGGUGGUCAGCGUCAAGCUGAAACUCUUUGCCUUCGGAGGCACAAGCGUCACCCACGACAAACUACCCAAGGUGCAGUGCUAUGACCCGCAGGAGAACCGCUGGACGGUGCCCGCCUCCUGCCCACAGCCCUGGCGCUACACUGCCGCUGCUGUCCUUGGGAACCAGAUAUUUGUGAUGGGUGGGGACACGGAGUUCUCAGCGUGCUCAGCCUAUAAGUUCAGCAGCGACACGUACCAGUGGACUAAAGUGGGAGACGUGACAGCCAAGAGAAUGAGCUGCCAGGCCGUGGCGUCAGGUAACAAACUCCUUCGUCAGCACCUGGAAACAUCUCCCUGCCUGAGCUGCAAGGGAUCCUGGGAUAGCCUGACACCUCCAUCCCAACCCCCCUCCCAUGAGAUUUCCCUGUUUUGCAUCAUCCACUGGAUUGGAACUUCCUGUCUGUGCAAAAAAAACUAAAAACAAAUAAAAAACAAUCCAUAAAUAGACCUGAACCCUGGUGUGAGUGUGAAAACACACCUUGAUCCCAUCCUGAUGAUGCUGUGAGUACACCGACGUUUAAAGAACCAUCAAUGCUCCUGGGAGGACCUUGUACACAGAACGACAUCACCAUGUCAAUGAUGUCAUAUCGUUUCUGAGAGGGAGGUUUGGAUGUUGUCCAUGCAAUCACGCUCAACAAACUGCUGCUUGCGCUGUAAGAUAACAACAACCCCUUCAUCCCAGUGUACUAUUGGCAAAUGGCGCCGUUGCUUCGCAGCCUUUCAUAAAAUAACCAUCAACAUACCGGUCAGUCACACAGCCUCUUAAUUUCUUUCCAUUCAAUCGUGAAAGACUCGUAUCGCUAUGUCGUUGCGCUUCUCACUCUGAUAAUUCUGUGAAAUGAAACGAAAAAAAUCAAAUAAAAAACAAGCCCUCUGCACACGGACUUUAAUAUAAUGGCAUGAAGAAUACCUGGCUGGACAUAGGAUACAUAUGAAGAGAGAGGAGAGUGGAGAGUCAGUGAUCAGCAUGUGUGUGACCAGACCAGAGAARGGGACAAAGACAAAACCCUUCAGCUUGUUUAUAACCAGCUGAUCCACAAACUGAUCCAGGAUAUGCACAGUGAAGGAACAACAACAUCCCCUCUCUCUCCUCUCCUCUCCUCCACUCUUUACUCUUCCGUUCUGUCAGUUGCCUCCGUUGUGUAUCUGAUACAUUAGACUCUUUGCGUUCCAUCUGGGAGAGAUUAUAUUGCUCUAUUGGCCACCAGUCCUUCUGCACUAGCCAAAGAGGAGAGAGAGAGAAAAAGAGAGAGAGAACCUCCUCCCUUCCUCUUCCCGUCCCCAUCACCUAGUGGGCGUUUGGGGUUUAAAACAUUGUAAUGGGCAUUGGGAGUUCCUGUUUGGCAGUUUUGUGUGAGACCUGGCUCUAGCUGUCACUACGUUUCCUGGGGACUUUAGYUGCCGGCACCAGCUGAGCCUGAGGGGGGGGUUGGCGGAGGAGGUGACAUGACUACUGAUGUGAAGAACCCCAAAGGAAAACCAUUUUGGCUGUAGGCUACUACACUCUCCCCAUGCAAAAUAACACACAUCCAAGAACAGUAAGGGACAAUGCAACGCAGAACUGAAGAAAAUGCUCAUUCAAGCUCAGUAGUACUACACAAAAUACUGUUUAGUCUUGGACACUAUUUACUGAUCGUUCUGAUGUUAUUCCAAUGAGAAGUAUUGUUUUGUUGGAGUACUGAUGGAUUGAUCUUCCGCUUUGCCUAAACGGUGAUACUGAAUUCUUCAGAACAUCUAUGGUCAUGUGGGACUCGAUACGGUUGGCAUGAACUUCUCUGGUCAAGAGAAUCUUGUCAAUUUGCUUACCUAAACUGAAACGUAAAAUAUUCAUUUUCUGAUCUUGCUGCAAUGUAUUAUGUUUCAGAAGUCUUCAUUUAUAAGAAAAUGACUUUACUUUAUUCGUUUAUGUAAAAUAAUGCGUAUUCCUAUAUAUUGUUUCUCUGCCUGCAUUCAUACAUGAAUAAGUGAAUGAAUGUUUAUCGUUUAACGGGGUAUAUCAUGCAUGGCCCAAGUUAAAGCUGCUCUAUUUUUUAUUUCAUUUGGGCUGCUUUUUUUUGCACAGUUCAGUUUCUCCCAAUGUGGAACCUUAUCUUUUUAAAGUGGGGUGUACAGAUCAGAGGUUAGAGGUCAGGGGUUAGGGGUCAGAGUAGGGAUGGACAUGGGGAGGAUGGACGUCGCUCAGAUUACCCAGAGUGCAGGUGGCCGGGUCAGAGGAUCAAUAAGGCCUUGCGUAGAUAAUAUUUUGUUUUAGCGGUGGACUCUGGGUAGUGUAAUAUCUCACAUUUUAAUGUUGACUUCUAUGAGGCAUAUCUGCUUAAUUUGAUGGAAUUUAACUAACAGACUCUGGUCAAACUGGGGCCUAAAGCGCUACACCAAAUGGCCUUGUUGUUGUGUCAACAGAGACACUGCUAGAGGAAAACAACAACAACAAUGUUAAUGACAAAAACAAGCAGGCUGUGAGAAUUUGUAUGUGUUAGAAGCUAGCAGCAGAGGCACGCAGUAACUGUCAGGAACAUCAGCACAGUGACACACGCACGCACGCACACACACACACAAACACACACCCUGUGACCCUGACACCGCUAGCCAGGCCCUGUGUAGUUAUGUGAGGAAUGUGAAGGGGCAGCUGUCCUUGGAACAGCUGGGGGACUGACUGUGUCACAUCUACCCUGGACUCAACCCCUUCAGGCGUUACUCUAGGUCCCCUCACUAGGUCCCCUCUGAGUCCCUCUUGAGUCCCUGGGCCCUUUAAGUCCCACACUCAAAUAUGAAAUAUUCUGACUUGAGAUGAGUGUAUGUAAAUCAGACUUUCUUGUAAAUAAUUUAUUAAUAUCAACGGGAGACUUGCAUGACAAUUUGAGCAUGUAGAUCUCAAGUCAGGAUACUUCCCGUUUAGUGUAGUGUGAGAGUGAAAAUGAGGGGGAUGAGGAAGAGGAUGGGUUAGUUGAAUCCUGUAAUCUUGGUGUGUUGGUGUUGAUAAGGGCAGGCAGACACCGCCGUGCUUUUCACAAUAGUGUCACUGAUGUAUGGGAGGAAAUAUGACAGGGGAGAGUUCCUAAGACCAAAAAAMAAAAUUCUGGACUUUU